AUGAAACUUUUCUAUUUUUUCAUUGCUUUCUUGGCUUUUGCAUCCUCUACUGCUUUUGCCUAUGACCCCAGCCCCCUCCAAGACUUCUGUGUUGCAAUCAACGAUACCAAAACUGGUGUUUUCGUGAAUGGAAAAUUUUGCAAAGACCCUAAGCUUGCAAAUGCUGAAGAUUUCUUCCUUCAAGGAUUAGGACCGGGAAACACUUCAAAUCCACUCGGUUCAAAAGUAACUGCAGUUACAGUUAACGAAAUACUAGGACUUAACACACUUGGUAUAUCUUUAGCUCGCAUCGAUUUUGCACCUAAAGGUCUAAACCCUCCUCACACGCACCCUCGAGGAACCGAGAUUCUUGUAGUUGUGGAAGGCACACUAUACGUAGGUUUCGUAACCUCCAAUCAAAACAAUAACACUCUCAUCUCGAAAGUAUUGAACAAAGGCGAUGUGUUUGUGUUCCCAAUCGGUCUCAUUCACUUUCAGUUAAAUGUGGGUUACGGCGACGCGGUUGCCAUUGCUGGACUUAGCAGCCAAAACCCUGGAGUGAUUACGAUCGCAAAUGCGGUGUUUGGAUCUAAACCACCAAUUUCCUUGGAGGUUCUCACCAAAGCUUUUCAAGUGGAGGGGAAUGUAAUCGAUUAUCUUCAAAAGCAAUUCUGGUACGACAAUAACUAA